AUGUCCCAGUUCGUGCCCCAGCCCUUCCCUGCCACCAGCAAUGACACACUCUACAUGGCAAAGACAAUCCGCACUGGUCCUAAACAGCCCGAUCAUUACAGUUCGAAGACUAUACAGCUCAUUGAGGUCCCGGCGCCGCCACGCGUUCAUUGUCCAUACGCAUCGUCAUUCAUAGGCAGCCCUUUAACUUCAUCAUUCUCUUCAUCGACUGGAGAGCUUAGCGAGGAUUCCGCAUGCUCAUCUUACUGCUCGUCCGGCUCAGAAUCUGAGACACAGUCUCAAUCGUUGGUUCCGAUGCACGAGACACGCUUACAUAGGAUCUUGGCCUGGCGUGAACAGUUGGUGCAUACUACAAUGGAGGAUGUCUUGUUGAUGGAUUUGCUACUUCCAUUGGAGUGCAAGUCUUAUCGCACGGAAGACCAAGUCGACGCCAACAAAAGCCGCACCAAGUACACAGUCUUGCCGGUGAGGUAUCCGUCUCGCGCAUUGGUGUCUGGCUGGACUCUCAUCCAAUUCAUGCAUAGCGUUACGUUCACACAAACGUAUAAUCCCCAGUUCCCAGUCCGAUUAGAAAUUGAGCUGGCAUUGGCAUAG